GCAGCCAUGGACGUGCAGAACUGGAGCCCCCAGGAGCGACCGCAGCAGCACCACCACCAGCAGCAGCAGACGCCGGCGCAGGCCGAGCCGCACAUCAAGCGGCCCAUGAACGCCUUCAUGGUCUGGUCGCGCAUCCAGCGCCGAAAGAUCGCGCUCGAUAACCCCAAGAUGCACAACUCGGAAAUCUCGAAGCGGCUGGGCGCAGAGUGGAAGCUGCUCUCCGAGACGGAGAAGCGGCCGUUCAUCGACGAGGCGAAGCGGCUGCGCGCCAUGCACAUGCAAGAGCACCCCGACUACAAGUACCGGCCGCGGCGGAAGCCCAAGGCCGGCGGCGGCAUAGCGAUGGGCCAGCAGUCGGCGCUCCUGGCGCCGCCGUCGCUCAAGGCGUCGGCGUUCCCGAGCUUCGCGCUGCCGCCCUACUUCCACCACCAGCACCACGCGGACAUGUUUGCGGCGCCGCCCCCGCCGCCGCCCCCGCACCAUCACCACCACCACGCGUACUUGGGCUCUGCCUUCGACGCCGUCCAUCUGUCCAAACUGGUGGCGGGCGACAAGUCGGGCGCGACGGCUGCGGCGGCCGCGUCGCUCAUCUCGUCCUUCUACUCGUCGCUGUACCCGCCGGUGCGGCUGCCGUCGCCGCCGUCCAAAGCAGGCGCCGGUGCGCCGCCACCGUCGCCUCCGCCCCCGGCGCCACUGGGCUUCUUCCCGCCCCCGCCGCCUCCACCGCUGCUGUACGCCGCCGCCGCGCAGGCCGCCGCCGCCUCCUCGGGGGACGUGGAGCUGCGCCGGCCCGUUCCGGUCAUCUUCUAGUGUGAGUACUCGCCCGUGUGGACUCGCGCAGCGAGAAGGGCUCACUGCCCUGUCCUACCAAAGCCAAACUCUUGUGCGUCAGCACUGCGAACGUUGUUACGUUAUCUUGUUAGACGUCUUCAUUUCUGAAGCCAACGAGUAACCAAAACCAGUUUUCUACUUCAUAUUGUCUAUUUAAUUUUCAUCAGCUGCUACCAGCAGUACUAUACUGCCUCAUCAUAACGUGUAAGUUUCCCUAUGUUCGCAAUGUUAAGUAUUUGUUGUACAUAAAGUGUCAUUAAAUGGCCUAUAUUAAGUUUACAGUCUAGUGCCUGCGCAUCCCUAAGAUUACGUUUUAGAGAGGUACACUGGAGACAGCUUUGCCUUGCUUUUUCAUAAGAAAUGUCUCUACUUGUUUGUAUCUAGCUAACGCUCGUGUAACUCUUACACUUGUUCUUCUUACGUCCCCGUCAUCAAGGCACCAGAGGAAAAAAAAAAUCACACAAAUAAUGCUCUCGUUCAACUGCAUUUUUCUGGUUCAUCUAACACACUGUGUAUGCAUCCAAGAGCUCUCCAGUGCGCAAACGUAUGGUUGCUCGUAGUUAAUAUGAAACUUAAUCAUGUUUGAGUUAUUCUUGCGCUAUCAUUUUUCUAUUUUUCCACCUGUUAACUGUUUGUAGGAAAUAAACCAGCUCCAGUUCACGUUGAAAUUCUCGUUGUAAUUAAUAUUGGAUUUUAUUUCGCAUUGCUUUGCCGUUCUUUACUGCGUAGCAGGUUUUGAAACUAACGUCAUUUUUUUGCAGUUGCCUCAUUAAUACUUGGUUUAUUUAUUAUUCCAAUAUUCCAUAAAUCUUCUCUGUUUGAAGACUCAGAACUCCACAGUUAAGUUGUAGAGUGUCGCUUUGUUUUGUCCUCCAUAAAAUGGUCUUUUCUCAUUACUACAACAGCUAAUAGCUAGGCCACCUCUAAUGACACACAGCAAUGAGUUGUUCGUUUAACAAUUCAUGUACAAACCACAGUCCUGUAUAAAACCUGUGCUAUCACAAAAUUUAGUGGAAGAACGAAACUUACUUGCUAUGCGCUAUAAAAGCUUAUUUCUUCAGUAAUGCUGAAUGCAGUUGAAUUUCAGUCGUUUACUCUGGUACCAUGCAAAACAAUGUUAAUCUUAGGUCUCUUUACAAUGAGAUGACAAAGUUUCUACCAUUUCGCAAUAUGCUCGUAUCUGGCCAAAAUCACACUACUCGCUUCUGAAGUUUGUUUUAUAUUUGUACUGUAAAUAAUUUAACGAAAUUCGUUUAUUUUAUUGUCUGUAAAAAAAUUUACGAGAGUAAUAGUAUUUAUUACUGAUUUUGUACAAAUGAUAUGAAGUAAUUUUACGCUGUUGUAAACGUAGAAAAAUGUGUGCGUGUGUGUCUCUUUGUUGUCAUCAAUGACAGCAUUGUUCAUAACCGUUUUUUUUUUCUCCACGAGACCGCAUAAUGUUAUUACUGUUAGUUAUCAUACUAUGUAGUUACCGUCUUAUAGUGAAUUAUUACAUUGUACUAUGCAAAAUGAAAACACUUUAGCUUCGAGAUUACUUCGUGUUCAUCAGACAAUGCAAAAGUACUCAUGAGCGGCAAUGCUUCACUUGCCCAAUCAUUCACAGCAGUUAUUCGAAUAAUUUUGUGCCAUACUGACGCUGGAUGCCAUUUGUAUGGUGGUGUUGACGUGCGUAAUUCAUGCACCUUCAUGUUGUAUUACAGUGUGCAAUUUUGUUAA